CUUAAAACAAUCAAUUUUUUUGAUUCAUUUUAUUUUGUAUUAACUGCAAAUUCUGAGUUUCGGUUUUCAGAGAAAUUAAAUAUUAACAUUUUCCUUAAAAUUAUUGUCACUAGCCAGAGGUCAGUACACAAAAUAUUCAAUUGCGGAUGCAUGUGAUAAAAUGAGCGAAAUCCAGUGGCCGUGGCAGUAUAAUUUUCCUCCUUUUUUUACGAUUCAACCCAAUGCCGAAACAAGAAAAAAACAAUUAGACGCUUGGAGAACAUUGUUAUUAGAUUAUUGUCGUACACAAAAAAUAAAUACCAUCGACGUACGGGAAGGCGAUCGAUUAGCUGUAUUCAAUAACGCAACAAUAUCGAGAAAAUUAUCACCAGAAGCCAUAACUACUGUACUAGAAUCGUUACAAAAGACUGGAAAUGCCGAACCGUUAGAUAAAUCUAAAACGAGGUGGCACGUUUUUUGGCACACGUUGGACGAGUGGGCGUCGAUCGUCUACAAAUGGGCACAGGACAACGCCAUGCUUAACUCCGUGUGUACUUUCUACGAAAUAGCUACCAACGACAGCUGUGGGGAAGUGAAUGGAAUCGAAGACUCAGUACUCAUAAAGGUUUUGAAAAUAUUGGAGAGACAACAACGAGCUGAAAUAUUGACGUUGGACGGAGGUUCGGGCGUAAAGUUUUUCGCAUCAUAAUUUUAUUGUUAUUAUACAUUUUUUUUUUUUUUUACACAAAUCGUGAAUAUAUUUAUAUAUUUGAAUUUUUUUUCAUAAAUAAAUAAAAC